AUGCUCGCGCAUACUAGAAAUAAACUGGUUCAUGAAAAUAUUGUUGAGUCUCUUGUUACGUUGGUGGACAAAGCUAGGAAUUUGUUUGAUGAGUGCGGAAAUUUGAAGCUAAAUAUUGAUGGGGUUUUCAUUCGGAGAGGUGGUGUUGGUAUGGUCAUUCGUAAUGGCAAAGGGGAAGUUAUUUGUCAAUUGGAAAAACAGAGGAGGAACUUGCAUCAGAUGGCGGUCUCAUUGAUUAAGUCAAGAGGUGUUUCACUUGGUUUCAGAAGAUUUCUCUCUCUUAUAAACAAGAACAUUAAAGAGCUAAUCAGGCCCCAAAAAUCCCCAACAAUGGGUUCCUCUAAUCCUAGCCUCAAGAGAAGAAGCAAUCUUGUCAGGCAGGGACGGACCUACUUCCAUGCUAACAUGGGCUAUAGCCUAGGCGACUUGAUGUGA